AUGUACCGAACCACUGAUAACGGUCGGCUCGGCUUUAAUGGAGUAGUAGAAUGGGCUCUGCCUAAAGGUGGCAGUGUAUUCACCGUGAGUGCUAGGGAGAGGUUAGAGGAUGGAUCAGAAGGAUUCAUGACCAUCAAAGCUGUCUUCAGUCAAGCACACUCCAAGCAUGAGGAGGGAGUGCCUAGCCAAGACGAAUUACGAAAACGGUUCAAGGACUUCAAUGAGGAUGAAACCAGAGCUGAGCAAUUCAAGCUCAUUUACGGGAUAUGGUGCGAAAUCUGGGAGGCAUGUCACAGGGUGUAUGGUGCCCCUUACUAUACGAUCGAAGUCAAGGAUACAUCUCAGUUUGACAUGAAAAGCAUCAAGUUUCCAUAUAGUCCUUGGACUUCCUUCGAUACUAUGGGUCUAUGGCUCCGCAUAUUGCGACUCUCUGUAGCAGCUCUUCCUAUAGAUAUCCUCAUCAUCGAGUUUGGUGCGCUUCGCGGCAUGGGCAGCAAGGCACUGGUCCAGCUUCUGCUGGGCUUCAUCACUGGACGUGAACUGGUGUUUUUGUGGAUGAAAUUGGCUGCUCGGCCUUGGUGGAGGCAGGUGCUGGUUGACCUGCAGGUCGGUGUAGGGCAGGAUGUCCCGGACAGCUCCAACAUGUGCGAUAUCUUCGCAGCCGACGCUGGGUUGUUGACGACCUGCGAUGUGUUCUGGAGCGUUGCGAGACCCUGA